CCACACAUCGCACGCCACCACUGCUCCGGCAACGGCAACGGGAAACCAAGAUGAGGAUGUGUCCAGCUACGGAGAAGGAGGAUUCGCGAGAGAUCGUGCGAUGGAGAGGAUGGCGGAGCAGUUGCGCCAGUUGCAAGACAGGGUUGAAGGGAGGCCAGAGAGGAGGGCUCGAGGGCAUCCUUUUGCUAGGGAGAUCCUCGCCGCUCCUUUGCCGGCCAAUUUCAAGGAGACCAACUUGGUGUAUGAUGGGUCAUCGGACCCGUCGAGGCAUGUGAGGACCUUUGAGAAUAUGGCUGUGUUGCAUGGAUAUUCUGAUUCUGUUUGUUGCAGGGCAUUCUUAUCGACUCUACGAGGAGGGGCGCUUGACUGGUUCCAUCAGUUACCCUCGGGGUCGAUUGUGGAUUUUGAGGAUUUCGCCAGCAAACUCACCAACCAAUAUUCGAGCGCGGUGGCGCAAGAGAAGACUUACUUGACCCUUAUGGCGAUGAAACAGGGCGAGAAGGAGUCGUUGAGGAAGUAUGUUGCUCGAUACAAUAAGACAUGUUUGGAAGUGCACUCCGCUUCAGAUGAGGUGAAAGAGGGAGGAUUGAUUAGGAGUCUUCGAGCAGGGUCCUGUCGAACUUCUUUGGCAAAGACCCCGGCUCGAUCAUACGAGGAUGUUCUAAAGCGAUGCAGGAAAUACAUCAAUCUGGAGGAGAUGGAGAUGGAGUUUGCAAACCUUGAAGGGGUGUCCCAACCAGAACCAAAAAAGGAGCAAAACCACCCGAGGGGAAGAUCGCCAAGGAGAAACUCGCCUAAGAGGAGCGAGCGGAGGAGGGCGUCUCCUCGAAGAGGGAAGGAGGUGGGGAUAACAAUGCGCAUGCCAGUAAUAAGUUUUAAGGCGGAGGAUGCCGAGGGGGUAGUUUUACCACACAAUGAUGCUCUGGUGAUAACCGCGGAGGUUGCGGGUUUUGAUGUGAAGAGGGUGUUUAUUGAUACCGGGAGUUCGGUGGAUGUCAUGUUCUAUGACUGUUUCGUGCAGAUCAACAAAGAGCUGAAUAUGGAGCUGAAGCCAGUAGCCACGGCGCUUUAUGGAUUUAAUGGAGGAGAAGUUAUGCCGAUGGGGGAGAUCAGUUUGCCCGUGGCGCUAGGGUUAGGGGAGCUGAGGAAGGUGCGCAUGGUGAGAUUCGUGGUUGUAGGGGCUGAGUCGUCCUAUAACAUCAUCAUGGGGUGGACGAGCUUGAAUGCGUUCCAGGCAGUCGUAUCCACGUACCACAUGACGAUUAAAUAUCCGGUGGGCGAAAACGAAAUUCAGAUGAUCGAGGGAUGCGAGGGUAGAAAGUUCAGAAUCGGGAAGGAUCUGGAGGAGCCCAUUCGGUCGAGGCUGAUCGACUUGGUAAGGGAGUUUGCUGAUAUUUUUGCCUAUACAGCAGAAGAGUUAACGGGAAUAAGUGCGGAGGUGAUCGAACAUCGACUAAAUAUCGACCUCAGCGUGAGGCCGGUGAAGCAGAAAAGGAGGCACCAUGGGGCGGAGAUGGACAAGAUUAUCGAGCAGGAGGUCGAGAAAUUGUUGGGAGCGGGGCAUAUUAAGGAGAUUCAGUUCCCUGAGUGGCUAUCGAACACGGUGAUGGUGUCGAAGUCGGAAGGAAAAUGGAGGAUGUGCAUUGAUUUUCGUGACCUGAAUAAGGCGUGCCCGAAGGACAUAUAUCCGCUGCCCAGAAUCGACCAGCUGGUCGACUCAACGGCAGGGUGCGAGUUGCUGAGUCUGAUGGAUGCAUCCCAGGGGUAUCAUCAAAUCCCCUUGGCUAGAGAGGAUAAAAAGCGGGUGAGUUUCGUGACGAGUCGAGGGACCUAUUGUUACGUGGUCAUGCCGUUCGGUUUAAAGAAUGCGGGUGCCACGUAUCAAAGGUUGGUCGAUAAAAUUUUUAAGGAGCAACUGGGAAGGAAUAUGGAGGUAUACGUAGAUGAUAUGUUGGUGAAGAGUAAAGAGGAAUUGGAUCAUGUGCGAGAUUUGAAAGAAACAUUCUUGACGUUGCGGAGAUACGGGAUGAAGCUGAAUCCGGCCAAGUGCUCUUUCGGGGUGAGGUCGGGCAAAUUUUUGGGCUAUCUGGUGACCAAGAGGGGUAUUGAAGUCAAUCCGGAGAAGGUUCGAGCUGUGAUGGAGAUGAAGUCACCAACAAACGUAAAAGAGGUGCAGAUUUUAGCCGGUCGGAUUGCGGGGCUGAGUCGUUUUAUAUCGAAGGUUGCGGAGAAAAGUGGCCCAUUAUUCAAAACCCUAAAGAAGAGCGCGAAGUUCCAAUGGACGGAGGAGGCGCAAAAAGCAUUUGAGGAGCUGCGAGGGGUGUUGGCCAACCUCCCUUUAUUGGCCAAACCUGUGCAAGGGGAGGAGCUGGUGCUAUACAUUUCCAUUGGAGAGAGAGCUGUAAGUUCGGUAUUGUUGCGAGAGGAGGGAACAGAGCAACUCCCUAUCUACUAUGUGAGUAGAGUGAUGCAAGGAGCAGAGACGAGAUAUUCGGAGAUCGAGAAGUGUGCGCUAGCUGUGGUUGUAACUGCUCGCAAGUUGAGACCGUAUUUCUUGAAUCAUAAGGUGAAGGUGCGAACGAAUAUGCCGUUGGGAGAAACAUUGGGUCGGCCAUCGGUCUCUGGUCGAUUGGUGAAGUGGGUGGUUGAACUGAGCGAGUAUUCUCUGAUGUACGAGCCAAGGAGAGCCAUAAAGGCGCAGGUGUUGACCGAUUUUAUCCAGGAAGGCACGAAAGUCGAGGAGGAGUCAGAGGGACUAUGGCA